AUGGCUACAAUCGAAUCCUCGAAUGGCUCCGUUCCUGUCUCCGCGGAAGAAACCCGUGUUAUUUCGGAAAUUGGCGACGCGCAUGAUGCCGAACAUGAGGAACAAGGUGACCAACCUGCAGAGGCUGUUUGCGCCGACAACGAGGACCUGCAUAUUGAAGACUUAGGUCCACCUGCUUCCUUACAAAGGGAGGCUCCUGUCGAGUCCGCACCAACAAUCACCACUUCUCCAUCCAAGAAAGGCACAAUGUCCGCCACGGCUAAUAAAGCCAAUGGUGGACCGCCAACUCCGACGGUGAAGAAGAUCAUCAAUUCCGGCACGUUUGGUGCGGGUUCUGUAAAACCAACUGGACCCAAGGCCGCUUCUGCAACCUCAGCAGCACCAGCGAAGACAGCAGCCCCACCACUGAAAAAGCCAACUACCUCUGCUCCAGCACCAGCAUCCAAACCAGCUUUGGCAUCAUCCAUGUCCUCCAAGCCAACUACUGCCUCUUCGGCCGCAGCUGCCAACCGCAGAGCGUCUGUCGUGCCCACGAAGGCAUCAGCUCCUCCGAUAGGAAAACCUUCCUUAUCCGCCUCUGCAAAUGCAAGGCCAGCUCCAGACCCUGCCUCCACGCGCAAAUCUGUGGUUUCUCCUAGUGGUUCGGUCGGGUCGGUGAAGGCUGCGUCUGCCACAUCGGCAGCACGUCCACGCGCCUCGGUAUCGGAAGCUGCGAAGAAGGCCCCUCUUGCCUCGAGACCCUCCUUAGCUGGUACCGCGAAACCUUCUGCAGGACCUGUUAGGACGACCACCGUCUCUCGAUCUGCCGCCGCACCUGCACCCAAAUCACGUACAACUGCUUCUAUCUCGAGCAUUAAAGAAGUUAAAGAGGAUCUGGCGAAGGACGAUGGAAAGGUUACGGAACUGCAGAACCAGCUGGAGGAGGCUACGAAGACUCUGGAAUCUAAGACUGUCGCCGUCGUUGACCUCGAAGCUCAGGUCAAGACGCUUCAGGACUCUCUCGCGUCGGCGUUAGUGGAAGCGGAGUCAAAGGGAGCCUCAGUAACAACGGAGCUAGAAACGGCUAAAGCUGCCGCUGAAGCUCAGCUCUCUGAAGUGCAGGCAACUUUGAGCACCACGCAGGAGCAAUUGACGACUGUCACCACAGCGCUGGGAACUGUGGAGCAAGAGCUCGCAAGCGCCAAAGCAGCGGCUGCCCAACAAAUUGAUCUCGUGCAUUCGUUGCAAACACAAAUUCAUGGGCUUGAAGCCGACCUACAGUCCUCGAGGGAGAAACUUGAGGUCUUGGAGAGAUCAAGUGCGGCUGAUGCCGCCUCUGCCGCUGAAGCAUCUUCUGCAGACCGCGACGCACUUCUCAAAGCUAAAGCUGACCUCGCAACCGCGUCUGAAGAAGUCAGCUCUUUGAAUGCCGCCCGUGAAGCGGCUGUGAAGGAGUCGGAAGCUCGCAUUGCGGAACUUCAAGAAAAAGCUGGUGCAACUGAGACUCUGGAAGCACAGAUCGCUGCUCUCAAAUCAGAGAAGGGAGAGAGUGCCAACAAACUCUCCGAGCUGGAAGUCGAGAUUCUCGAGCUGAAGGAAACUCAGGAAGGACUCGAAGAUGCGCAGGAUAGCCUGAAGAAGCGGGUUGCGGACCUCGAAAGCGACUUGGCCAAGGCAGCCUCUGAUGCCAGCGCCGCCGCCGAGGCAGCAACCAAGCGGGAGGCAGAACACGCCCAGAAGCUAGAAGAAUUGGUUGCCCAUCAUUCGAAGGAACUCGAGGCUGCUUCUCUCCAGCAGGAAGAGUUAACAAACUCUCUUGAGGGCCUCAAAGCGCAGCAUGCUGAAGCCCUCGCUGCCCAUGAGCAGACCAAGCAAGAUGGCCUCAAGAGAGAAGAGGAGCAUACGUCUCAACUGCAAGAACUCGAGACAGAACAUCUGGCAAAGCAGGCCGCCAUUUCAGCUGAGCUAGAGAAGGUUUCCCAAGAACUUCUGGAUCAAGAGUCCAUAUACAACUCCAAGGUCGACGGUGUGAAGGCCGAACAUGCCCAACUCUUGCAAGAGGCAUUUGAGCGAGCAAAGAAAGAAGCAGCGGAAGCACACACACAAGAACUACAGGCUCUUCGUUCAGGCUCAAAUGACACAAUGGAGCAAAUUCAAGCGGCAAGCCAGAUCGCAAUUGCGGAAUUGAAAGCCGAGCACGCUUCGCAGCUGGAGUCAGAACUCGGUGGACUGAAUAAACAAAUCAGCAAACUCAACAUCGAGUUGAAAGCUACCCAAGAUGAUCUAAUCAAGUGUAAAGCUGCUCUUGAAGCAUCACGUGCUGAGGUGGAAUCGUUGACCAAACAACGAGACGAUGCCCGGGCCCAAGCUGAGGCUGUGCCUACUGUCUCUCCAGAGCACGCUGAGGAAAUCGCUCGUUUGGCGAAGGAGCUCUCCAACACCAAGGAUGAUUUUGCAGCCACGAAAGACAUGCUCGAGCUCACCAAAUCUUCGAUGCAUGAGCUAUCGGAGAAGCACUCGAAAGAGCUGGAAGAGGCAGCGAAGACCCGCGCCGAUGAAGUCCUGAAAGUGCGGUCUGCUCAUGAUGCUGAAAUUAGUAAACUGGCGACGCAGAAGUCGGAGCUACUCAUCAGUCUGUCGGACCUGCAAGGUGAACUUGCGACAGCGAAGGCUGCCCUCGCUGCGCAGACGACUGCUUCUCCUAAGAGUAAUGGCAGCUCGCACCCACCUACAUCGCCAGGUGUCACCAAGGAGGAGCUUACCAAGCUGCACGAAGCCCAUAAUCUCAAGAUUCACGACCUGCAAGCCGAGCACGAGAAGGCCUUGCGUCUUGCCAGAGAGGAAUUGAAUAAGGCGCUCGACAAGAUUGGCGAGCUCAACCAAGAUCUCUCGCGGAAGGCAAUGGAGAUCCAGUACCUUGAACAAGAUCAAGAUGAAAGUCAAGAGCAAAUCACCCGAUUGAAGGAAGAUAUCGACGCCUUGACAGCGAAGAUCGGCAACUCGACAUGA